AUGAGCCUAGCUAAAUCUGAAGGGGGUUUGGGGUUUAGAGACUCAUAUGAUUUCAACUUAGCCUUACUUGCUAAGCAAAGCUGGAGAAUCCUCAACAACCCACAUGCUUUAUGGGUUAAACUUUUAAAUGCGCGAUAUUUUCCAGAUUGUGGCUUUAAGGAUGCUACUUUGGGGCAUCGACCUUCAUGGAUAUGGAGAAGCUUAUUGGUAGGCAGAGAUACUGUGAUGAACAAUGCUAAAAGGCAAAUAAUGAAUGGGGAGAGUACUAAUAUUUGGGCUGAUAAUUGGAUCCCUGAGGUAGGGAUUAUUACUCCGCUUGUUCCAAUACCUAUCAACGCCCCUCAAUUGGUUUCAGAAAUUAUUGAUGUGAGGAGUGGUUCUUGGAACUUAGACUCGGUGGCAAGCUAUUUAAGUUGGGAAACAAAAAGACGUAUCCUUUCAAUACCUGUGGGGGCCUCAAGGCACCAAGAUAGAGUUGUUUGGCCAUGGGUGAGAUUAGGAUAUCACGUUCUUCAUUCAAAACAUAGAGCUUUGGCUAUGGGGAAUUUGCAUUCGUCCCAUAUUAUACCCAUCCAGAUUUGGAAAACCAGGUGUAAGGCUGUCAUUGAAGGGAGCACCAUUGACCCAGCCAAGGUUCCUAGUGAUGAAGUGGCUGUGAACAACAUUUUGAAUGUCCAUCUUGCUUCCUGGAACGCACCUUCAGGUGAUUUUGUGAAAAUAAAUGUGGAUGAAGGAUGGAUUGGUGACACUCUGAAAAGUGGCGUUGGUGUUGUUAUUAGUAAUACUGAUGGUCAAUUUGUUGGGGGUUUAGUUGGUCCUAUUUGCUGUGAUUCAACACUAGCUGCAGAAGCUCAUUCAGCAAUUAAAGGGCUUGCUUUGUUAGCUAACCUUGGCUUUAGAGAUGUCAUUGUGGAAACUGACUCAAAAUUGCUUAUCAAUGGGAUAAAUGGUGACUUUAGAAACAAAGUGUGGUCCAUUAUGCCCCUUCUUGAGGAGCUUCACAGAAUCUGUGGGUCUAUGCGUGAGGUUCGAUGGAGCUAG